UUACCAUCGGAGUACGCAUGCUGGUGAUUUUCUUACUAUUUCCGUUUUUCAUGGUUUAUCUUUCUUUUAUUUCCGGUUUGUAGAUACUGUUAAGGAUGGCGGAUAAAACGGCAAAGCCUAAUCCACCAAAGAAGACUGGCAGAUUGUAUUGCAAAGCUGUUUUUACUGGAUACAAGCGUGGACACAGAAACCAACAUGAGAACACAGCCCUCUUAAAGAUUGAGGGUGUUACCACAAAAUCAGAGACUGACUUUUACCUUGGGAAACGAUGUGCUUAUGUAUACAAGGCUAAAAGGUUAACCGCAUGUCCUGGUCAUGACAAGCCAAGUCGCUUGAGGGUUAUUUGGGGUAAAGUAACCCGUCCCCAUGGAAACAGUGGUGCUGUCAGAGCCAAGUUCAGGAAAAAUCUUCCCAGCAAAGCAAUGGGCAGACGAAUUAGAGUUAUGCUUUACCCUUCAAGAAUAUAAGCUGGCAGACUAUGAUAAUAAAGUGUUAUACUUAA